AUGCCGCAGGAAAUCAAGGAAGUGAAAGACUUCCUCAUCAAGGCCCGCAGGAAGGAUGCGCGUGCGGUCAAGAUAAAGAAGAACGAGACCAACACCAAGUUCAAGAUCCGCUGCUCCCGGUACCUGUACACGCUAGUGGUUAAGGACAUGGAGAAGGCAGAGAAGCUAAAGCAGUCGCUGCCCCCCGGCCUGCAGGUGAAGGAAGUGAAGUGAUUUGGUGGUG